GUGUGUGUGUGCGUGUGUGUGUGUCUCCUCCUCCCCGCCCCUCGCGCCGUCGGUCCCUCCCCGUCGCGGCCCUCCACUGGGUAGCCCUCUGCGCCGCCUGGCCGCCAGCGCCCGCCACACGGCCACCAUGUUCCGCCCGCAGGCCAGCCUGCUUGGGCUGUGGCUCAGCCUGGUGGCGUUGGUGGCGCUGACCCUGGCAGCGCCCCUGCCCUCUUCCCCCCGGCCUCGCGAGGGGACGGCCACCGCCACGGCCGCCCCGCCGGCCUACCACCUGACUCGGAUCCUGCGCUCGACGCAAAUCGAGCAGCCCACCUCCUCCGCCGGGCACCUGGUCUUCUGCGACUUCUUCAACCAGGAUGCCCUGUCGCGCGGGGGCUCGGACGGGCUGGACGACCUGGCCACCACCGGGACCUUCUACUCGGUGGCCACCGAGGCGGUGGUCCCCUCGCGUGACAUCCCCCCGGCCGACCGGCGCCCGGUCACCCUGCUGGAGGGCGGCCGCGGCCAGGUCCACUGCCUGACCGGGCGCAAUCCCUUCCCCUCGAUGGAGGACACCCCGCGGAUGCUGGACUCCGUGCUGACCGGGGUCCAUGCCGUCCGGGGGCUGUACUACUCCUCCGCCGAGCAGGACAUCCUGGUGGCCGGGCGCGAUGCCAUCAAGUCCUACCAGAUUUCGCUGCCCACCCCGCCGGUGGUGGUGUCCGGCCGGUACUUCGGCCGGUCGGUGUCCAUGCUGCUGUAUGCCAGCGACACCAGCCUCUCCCUGCGGCCGCUGGCCAGCAGCGAGGUUCCCCGCUGGUCCAUCUCGCGCGAGUCCUUCAGCGACAUUGCCGCCCUGGCGGCCACCGACCUGGACGACAACCAGGCCGUCGACGCGGUGGUGGCCGGGCGCGUGACUUCCACCCCGCACGAGCACUCGCUCCUGUGGGCGUGGGACCUGGGCGCCGACAAUGCCGACCCGCUGAUUUCCAAGCUGGCCGUCUUCUGGCACCUGGGCCCCGGGGUCCGGGCCGGGCAGCUGCUGGUCGGCGACUUCGAUGGCGAUGGCCGGGCCUCGGAUGUGGUGGUGGUCAGCGGCCCCGGGUCGAUGGCCUCCCCGCGGCUGGUGUACUUCCUUUCGUCCGGCGGCUUCCGCCACCCGGUGACCGUGGACCUGGCGGCCAUGCUGCCCGCCGGGUCGGUGACCGAUUGGACCACCGUGAGCCCGCGCGCGGCGGUCGUCCGUCUGACCGGCGGCGGCCCGGCGCACGAUGUCGUGGUUGCCCUCGGCCCGCGGGUGUAUGUUCUCCAUGGGCCCCGGGCUCCCCCGGGGCCGGGGUCGCCCUCCGACGGGAGCAGCGGCGAUUCCGCCGGCAGCGACACCACCGGCGAUGGGCUGCUCCUCACGCUGGCCGAUGUCCUGCACAGCCCCCUGGUGCCGGACCUCCCUGCCGGGCACUUCCUGGAUGUGGCCUUCGGCGACUUCGACGGCGACAACCUGCCGGACCUGGCCCUGACGCGCUCCGACGCCCCGAUGGAUAUCCUGCUCCUGACCCAGGUGGCAGCCACCCGGCGCCGGCUGUGUGGCCGCAAGUCCAUGCCAAUCAUCCUGCCGGCCGGCAACUUCUGGAACGAGCUGGCCUGCCAGUGCGUUGAUUUGAACGCCGACCCGGGGCAUCCGUUUGCCCCUUGCGAGUUCUGCAAGCCGCGGUUCUUCCUGUCGCCCGAGGGCACCUGCCAGCCCUGCCACGCGGAUUGCGAUCUCUGCGAGGGCCCUGGCCCGGGGGAUUGUCGGACUUGCGCCGUCGCCGGGCACGCCCCCUCCAAUGGCACGUGCGCCGCCCGGGCGCCAGUCCAAGUGGGCCUGACCGCGCAGCCGACCGCGCCCUUUGUGCAGGUGUCCCCGCCGGUGCCCUUCGACGGCGGCAUCGAUGACCUCUUCACGAUGUCCCGCGACCAGGUCCUUUCGGUCAGCGCCUCGGCGGCCGAAAUGGCCAAGGUCCGGGAUGUGCGCCUGGCGGGCCUGGGCCCGGCCGGGGCCGAGCCCCGCCGCGCGGGGCAGCUGCUGGUCACCAGCCGCGGCACGAGCAAGUGGAUCCUGGAGGUGCUGGAGCAGCCGGCCGGCGGCCAGAUGCGCAUCCAGACCACCUCCCUGCCGUUGGAUGUCGACAUCACGCUGGCCAUGCGCCGGUUCCCGGCCGCCGAGGCCGGCGGCAACCCGACGCGCUUCGCCCACAUGGGGUCCAGCCAGACCUUCAUGUGCCCGGGCGGCCCGGCCGGCGACACGUGCGAGGAGUUCGCCACCAAGCACAGCCUCCCCUCGUCGGUGUAUGCGACGCCCGGGCGGGUGCACCCCCCGGGCGCCACCGGCAUCCUGCGCCCCGUGCUCCCGGUCAAUGAGGCGGCCCUCGGCAAGCGCCGACUCUACACCUCGGCGGCCGGGCCGUCGCACAGCAUCUGGCACCCGGUGGACAAUGUCCACAAUGUGGACCGGCUGCUGGUGCUGAGCGCCCCGCCCGCGAGCACCUACUGCUCCGUCAGCUACUCGGCGGCCCUGAGCCACGAGGUGAACUCGGCCUCGGCCCCGCCGCUGGCCAUCAUGCACCCGGAGGCCGAUCAGUUCCCCUGCGGGCCGAUGAUUUCCCUGCCCGCGGGCCCGGGGGUCCGGCCCCCGGUGCUGGUGGUGUCCGACAGCAGCCACAACGCGCACCUGCUCUACCUGCUGCGCAACCCCACCCUCGAGGGGGAGGCCCCGCGCUUUGAGAAGGCCAUCCCCCUGCUGGUGCCGGCGGAUCUGGGCUACCUGCCGAAUGCCCACCCCCGGCUGUCUUGGCACUUCCUCCAGCAAACCGCGCGGCCCAGCCGGGUGGAGCUCGUCCUGUGGGACGGCCUCGCGGCUUGGAUCGUGACCGUUCACCACCCGGCCGGGCCGGAGGCCCCGCGCGUCGAGCUCGAGCCGCUGGUGGCCAGCCAGGCCCUCACCGCGCGCACCACCGACUCCCUGAGCAUCGCCUCGCUGGAGGUGGCCCUGCGCCCGGGCCCCGAGGCGGCCUCCUCGCCGGGGGGGGCCACGCCCACCGAGCUGGUGCUGGUGCUGCGUGACCAUUCGUCCAAGAAGCUGUACGUCUUCCGCCGGGCCACCAAGGCCUCCGGCUGCGGGUGCGGCGACCAUGGGGUGUGCACCCCGCCGGCCGGCGGGUGGGGCUUUGCCCCCUGUGCGCCUGGCACCAAUGGCUGCCUGCCGGUGGCCACCAGCCUUCGGCCGGAGGACUUCUGCACCUGCCGGCCCGAGGCCGCCACGGUGGAUCCCCAGCACCCCUGCCGGGAGUGUGCCUCGGCACCGGGUGCCGGCGGCCUGCUGUCCCCCGGGGCGGAUGGGCCCGCCGCGGUGGCUGCCACAUGCUCCCUGUGCUCGGUUGCACAGUGUGCCCAGUGCACGGUCGCCGGCGGCUGCCUGGCCUGCCACACGGGCUGGCUCCUGGAUCCGGCUGGCAAUUGUGUCCAGCGGUGCGACUCCCCGACGGCCGUGGUGCAGGAUGGCCGGUGCCGGUCGUCGGCCGACGGAUCGCGCGACACCUGGCGGCCCUGGCCUCGGGUUGUGGCCGGCCCCGGGUGGGAGGGCUUCCAGGUGGAGGCCCUGCUGCCGGUGCGGCCGGCCCGGGCCCGGUACUCGUCCGGCCGCUUCGACACGCCCCUGGCCACGGUGCAUGCCAGCCUGGUGGGGCGCUUUGCCGGGGCAUCGGCCGCCACCACGCGCACCUUCGUCCCCGCCAGCCAGGAGCUGCCGCCGCUCGGCAAGCCGACCCUCGCCGAGCAGGUGAACCUCUCCCGGGCAUUGGUGGACACCUGCAGCCCGAAUGGCAAGAACCCCGGCCUCGAGCCGGACCUGCUGCCGUUGAAUACGGUGGCGGAUUUGCGCGGCCCCGCGGUGGGCCCCUGGUUUGGGGCGUUGUAUGGGGACGCGCCGGCCGGGCCGGGCCCCGACGACCGGGCUGCCCAGGACCCGACCCGGGCCACCGGGCUGGGGCUGGUGCAUGCGGCCGCCGUGUCGACCUGGCGCCUGACCACCGCCCCGCAGGCCAACCCCAGCAGCCUCUGCCAUCCGGAUGACACGGCCGUCGGGCCGACGCUCGUGAGCCUGGACCAGGCCCUGGCCUCGUCGAACCUCCUCCGGCCCAGCAGCAACACCGAGGGCUACAUGCACCAUGUGUUUGCCGAGUGCCGGGCCGUGGGGUUGCCCUUCGCCCCGGAGGAGGUGGCCCUGGUGGAGCCCGGCAGCCAGCCGCUGGAUGGCCAGCACCCGCAGAAUGUGGUCCUGGCCCGGCGCCUGGCCGCGCCGGAUGGCUCUCGCCCGGCCCGGCUGCUGGUGGUCCUGCCCCAGUCGCUGGUCGGGCGUGGGACGUCCAAGGCCCCGCUCGGGGCAUGCCGGCAGGAUCUGCUGAUCCAGCUGCCGGACGACCGGCCGCGCUACUCGGAGCUGACCGCCACCGGCGGGGUGGAGGGGUCCAGCUCCAUUUCCUACCACAUGGCCCUGACCAUGCCGCAGGUGGCCGAUGUCUUCCCCCAGGCCCCGGUGUCCGGGCCGGCGGUGCUGCUGUCCUACUUCGUGAACUUCCCCUCCAGCGACACGAACCUGCUGGGGCUGUUGGUCCAGCCGCCGGGUGAUGUGCCCCUGCACCAGGCGCUGGUGUACCAGCAGUCCAGCGUGUCGCCGGUGAUGCUGGUCCUGGCCCGGGCCGAUGGCCAGGCCGCCGGGCUGGUCAUGCAGGAGCUGGCCUGCCUGCAGCAGCAGUCGGUGACCAAUGCCUGGGCCCUGGCCGGCCAGGCCGACGGCCCGCCCUUCUCCCAGCCCGGGUCCCUGACGGCGGGGGACUUCCUGCCGGGCAACCGCUCCGGGCGCCGGGACAUGGGCUGUCCGUUGGUGGUGCUGGAGCAUGAGCCCAUUGCCUCGACCUCGGUCCUGCACCGGUUCGACAUCGAUGGCGAUGGGCGCCUGGACAUGGUCCUGGUGGAUGAGGCCACCGGCCGGCUGGUGUUCUACCUGGCGGUCGGGUCGGCCGUGGCCGGCAGGUCCUUCCGCCGGUCGGAGGUGACCAUUGCCGGCCUGGGUGCCCCCCUGGCGGCGGGGCUCCGCCGGCGCAUGCUCCUGGCCGACCUGGAUGGCGACCGGUUUGUGGAGGUGGUGCUCGUGGUGCAGGCGGACGGCUCGUCGGCCGGUGGCAGCGCCCUUGCCGGGGCGAGUGCCCUGCCGUCGCCCCUGGUGGAGGUCUACUCCACCGGCGGUAACGCCGACGCCCGGUGCCCGAGCCCGGCCACCUUCAAUGAGAGCACCCUCGAGUGCCAGUGCCCGGCCGGGGGUCUGCGGGUCUUCGACCCGCAGGCCUGGGCGUGUGUCUGCCCGGAGGGCUUCAUCCCGGAGGGUGAUUCCUGCAAGCCGGGCUGCCCUCCGGGCCGGGUGGAGCUGCCGGCCGCCGCUGGCGCCGCCGCCGCCGCCGCCGCCGCCGAGCCCGGGGCCGUGUGCCUGGACGCCUGCCCGGAUGGCUGGUUCGAGCCGGCCACCGGCAACAUUUGCCAGGCAUGCUCCGAGGCCUGCCCGACGUGCUACGGCCCGGGCCCGGACCAGUGUGGCUCUGGGCCGAGCGACUCCGGUCCCGGGUCCGGCUCGUCGUCCCUGCCCUUGAGUGGCAGCAAUGGCAGUGGCAGCCAUCCGCCGGCCAAGAAGAGCCACACCCUGGCCAUUGCCCUGGGUGUGGCCAUUCCGCUGGUGGUGCUGCUCAUCAUCGCCGGUGUGCUGCUCUUCCUGGCCAUCACCAAGCGGGGCUUCUUCCGGGAUGGCGGCGCGGCCGGCUCCAAGGUCGAGAUGGGCGCCUUCUGAUGCGGGGGCGGCCGCCCCCCUCCCGGGAUGAAGUUUCCCCCCCUGUCGCUCUUUCCGCG